AGUUUUAUCUCCCUCAAACGCAGUGUCUACCCCCACAUGCAGCAUAACGUCGUAUGUACCACACAAUAUUGUUAAUGCUUCAUUAAUUUAUGAGGUAUAACAAUACCGGCAAGUGCGGGAAUCAUUCCCACUGGUGUUCAAAGCUAUUGUGCUUGCGGUGCAGUCAAUAUGACAUCAGUACUAUCAGAGAGGCAGAGACCACAUAUCUUGGAGUGUGUUUUUGCCGCUCCCCAAGUACGCACCAUCGAGUCAGUUGCUACUUUAUCUACAAUCCAGCCAGUCCUAGCCCGACUGCAAGCCCUACCUCCACAAGCAGCGAUCUGGGAAAAACUACUUCUUUGACAGAUAUUUUAUGUGCGACCAAGGCACCGUCAGCAAAAGACGCUUUGACCUGGGGAUCAAAGUUCAGUUUAUCGGCUGCCACAUCUGCAACUUCGAACCAUUUACAAUUGGGAAGGGGCAUUUUAGGUCUGCUAUGGGUCAGAAAAUCAGUCAGAUCAAAAAACAGACUGUAUCGGCGACCGGCGAUUGCCAGGUUAGUUUCAGUAAUGAUGUCUGCAAAAAAGUCUACAGAAGUCUUCUUUUGGGACAUCCGUCGUGCGCAAAUGAUGUGGGCAAUGGGUGGAAUUGGAAUCAGUGAAUGCGCUAUAUUCAGCCUUAUGGGAGGUAUAGGCGAAGAUAAAUCUUCGAUAUAUGAGGAUCUCCAGGCAUCUCAAUGGUGGGAAAACACUACUGUAAUGUUCAAUUGCAGCUUGAAUGUCAGCUAUGAUAAAAUAUACUCCAGCUCUUUGUUUACAUAGAGUAUAUGAUAGUUUCGGGUUUCAUUAUCUUAGAUGUAAGCUAUACCAUCAUGCAAUUUUAGGUUCUUGAGAACUC